GUCCUCAUUUUGAAGCGAGGCCACUACAUAAUGUCACAUAAACGUGUUGUUUCCAAACUUUCAAGGUUAGCAAGGUUUCCAAACUUGCAAAUAUUGCAAGAUAAAUUUCAAUAAAAAAUAAUGGAGUCUGUAUUCAGAGUAAUACAUUCUUGCACGAAGCACGCCGGGAAAGGCCUCAUCAAUGCAGCAAGAGGGGUAAACAUUUUGAACAGUAUUCAGCGCCGAGCGACCUUCAGCAGUUUGGAGAAAGAAAUAGCAACGUUUAGACCGCGAAGAUCACUGCUUUUUGUUCCUGCUGAUGACAGAAAGAAAAUAAACAAGGCAUCAAAUUUACAAGCAGACUGCAUUGUACUUGAAUGUGAAGAUGGUGUCGCAAUGAGUCAGAAGGAUGUAGCAAGGAAGAAUAUCAAUGAGUUGUUGGGCAACAUCGAACUUAAAUAUGGAGAAUGUGCUGUAAGGGUGAAUUCUGUUGACAGUGGACUUGUUCUCGAAGACAUUGAGGCUGCACUCACUGGAAAAACUUUACCAGAGUCUAUAUUGCUGCCAAAAGUGGAAAGUUCUGAUCAAAUUAAAUGGUUUGCAGAUCAAGUGAAUAGAGUACUGAUGAAAAGAUCAACAAAUCCUGAAAAGAAAAUGGCAUUUAUUUUCUUUAUCGAAACACCAAUUGCCAUUCUGAACAUGAGAUACAUAAUGGAAGCAGCAGUAGAUGCAACUUUACCGUUCAAGACAGAGGCUGGUGUUUUUGGAUCAGAUGACUUUUUGGCCAGUUUGGGAGGAACAAGGACAGAGGAUGCCAGGGAAUUGAUAUUUGCAAGGCAAAGUUUUGUUACUCAUUGUAAAGCAUUUGGUUUGCAAGCAAUAGACAUGGUCCAUAUAAAUUUCAAAGAUUUAGAAAGCCUGAAGCGACAUGCCGAGGAAGGAGCAAAAAUGGGGUUCACUGGGAAACAGUUGAUACACCCAGGGCAGAUUGAAGUGGUGAAUAGUGCAUUUAUGCCCAGUGCAAACAAGAUUCAGUGGGCUCAAGAGCUAAUAAAAUCGUUUGGAGAACAUGAAAGUUCAGGAAAGGGUGCCUUCACAUUCCGUGGCAGCAUGAUUGACCUUCCUCUUUUGAAGCAAGCACAAAACAUUUUAAGAAUUGUUGAAUCAGUAAAAAAUAAAUAACAAUUAUUGCAUUUACAAGAGACAUCAUUUGCUUAAUUAAAAUUCAAAUUUUCAAACCUCAAAACAACUUAGUCAUUUAAAAAAAUCUUCAGAACAUGGUUCUAUCCUUAAUUUCAUAUUUUCUUAAUUAACAAACUUUGGGAAUACAAAUGUGAAUUUGAUAAAACCUUAGCUGGUAUCAAUGGUAUAUAGGUUUUGAAGAUUUGAAUUUAUCGAGAAACCACACUGAUUGAAGAAAAUAUUUUUGACAGUGUAGCUAAAACUUUGUUGUUUUUUUUUGAAAUUUCAAUUUUAAAUUUUGCAACUUCUUUGAAACAACAUUACACAUCCACAUUGGCAUUGACAUUUUGCUAUAAAUCUUAUUGAGUUAUCUUUUUUAAGUCUUUUCUUCUGUUUCAAAUAGUUGAUUUGGUGUUAUCAUAAUGAUUUAAUAGUGUUUAAUUUCAUGUUAUCAGUUUUGUAUUCAUUCAAAUUUGUUUAAAAUCCCUAUUUUUAAAAGAUAUCCGCCUGACUUUGAGUGGAAAUUAUGACAUCAUAUACAACUUGAAAGGGCAUCAGUAAGUGUUAACAGCCAGGAUAACAGAGAGAAUUACAGUAUUUGUUCAAUUUAUAACUUACCAACCAGGCUGUUACUAAUAAUUGAAUUGAAGUUGAUUAAUGGUCUCAAUCAAUUAGUAAUUCAGUAGUUGACUAUUAAUUUGUUGUUGAUCACAAACAACAGUUGACAAAAACUAAAAGUGCAUGAUUAAAAUUAUUAAUUGAAGCCCUGAUUAUUCACUAACCCUUACAGCUUAAGAAAAAAAUUCUGCACAGAAACACUUUUGGCACCUAGUUCAGAAAUACAUGAUUUUUUACAUCACAUAAGAACAAAGAAUAGCAGAAGCAGAGCAUACCAAAAUACUUUCUGUUUAAGUUGAACAAAAUUUUCUAUACUGGUGCCAAUUUAGAGUACUAUGAGAGAGAAAUCGGUGCAUUAAUUGUUUUUGACAAGUCAACAGCUGCUGACAAACUGCUCUUCUUAGGAGUCCAAGAGAGAAAAUGGACUUUUCUGUUUAUUGAGAUACUUUGUGCUAUUGCAGAUGGUUUUCGAAACACUUUAAUGAAAUCAAAGCCUUAAAAAGGAUUCCUUAAUUUUUACACCCAAGUGUAGUGUUGUUGAAAUCAAAAUAAAACAAUUUGAUUUUGCUAACGAAAGUCAAAGUCUGAGAU